CGAUAGACGUCUGAAGGAGCUCGCUAAAAGCCAUCAAGUAGCUUUUGAAUAGCCGAAAAUCCCGACUCGCGUCGUUCCGUUCAGCUUUCCGCAAGGGUGACAAACUUUCCAGCCAACAUGGACCAGAACCUGCUUUUGUUGUUCGACCGCCCCAAUGAGCCGGUCUAUGUGCCGAAGGGCGAGCAGAAAGUCAGCUUCGAUGUGCCACCGAAGUACUUGCCUGAGCAAUACCAGUCGAUGGCCGACAGGAUUCUCAACCGCUUCGGCAAUGAGUCCUUGUCAUCUGUCCCUAUCAAGCAAAUCGCUAUUCCCGAUUUGAGCUUGGUAUUGCAACUCGGCAGACGUGAUCCCUUCUCGCUGUUUAUUCCUGCCCACCGUAAAAUGGCUGGUCGUCUCACUGAACUGUUCAUGGGUAUGCGAACUGUUGAGGACUUGAUGUCGUUGGCAGCCUAUUGCCGCGAUCGCGUCAACGCCCAGAUGUUCAUCUAUUCUCUCUCAGUAGCCAUCCUUCACCGUGACGAUACCAAACACCUUUCGGUCCCUCAGCUUUCUGAAAUCUUCCCCGACAAGUUUAUGGACAGCCAGGUCUUCAGUCGUGCCAAGGAAGAGGCCAACGUAGUCCCAGCUGGCUCACGCUUGCCCAUCGAGAUCCCUCUGGACUACACAGCCACUGAUGCUGAUCCAGAGCACCGCGUUGCUUACUGGCGCGAAGAUGUGGGCAUCAAUCUCCACCAUUGGCACUGGCAUCUGGUUUACCCAUUCGACGGUCCCAGGGUGGCGGUGAACAAGGACAGGCGUGGUGAACUCUUCUACUACAUGCACCACCAGAUCAUGGCCAGGUACAACACCGAGCGUCUUUGCAACAAUCUUCCCCGAGUUCGUCGUCUGACGAACCUUCGCGAUCCCAUUCCCGAGGCUUACUUCCCCAAGAUGGACCAGACGGUCGCAGGACGUGCCUUCCCAGCCAGGCCUGUCAACAUGCUCCUGUCUGACAUCAACCGAGCUGCUGACCAAACAAGGUUCGACAUAGCUGAUCUCGAACGGUACAGGGACAGAAUCUUGGAAGCCAUACACACGAGACAGGCACGCAACGGCCAAGGUGGCGUUAUCCCGCUCGACGAGGUGACAGGUAUUGAUAUUAUCGGUAAUAUGAUGGAAGCCAGCAUCCUCAGCCCUGACCAGACUUACUAUGGCGAUUUGCACAACUUGGGUCACAUUGCCAUCUCUUACGCCCACGAUCCAGACCAUCGUUUCUUGGAAAACUUCGCUGUAAUGGGUGACUCCACUACUGCUAUGAGAGACCCAAUCUUCUACAGGUGGCACUCGUUUGUCGACGCUGUGUUCACCGAGUUCAAGAACAGUCUGCCUGCCUACAACGCGAACCAGUUAGCAUUCCCAGGAGUCACAGUGUCGGACAUCCGCAUCGUCAGCCAAGGAGCUAACCCCAAUACCUUGAACUGCCACUGGACCAAGAGCGACGUCGAACUUACCCGUGGCUUGGACUUCACCCCUCGAGGCUCUAUCCUGGCUCGUCUGCAGCAUCUCAAUCACGACGACUUCUCUUACAGCUUCGUCGUGAACAACAGCAAUAACCAGGAGGUCAUGGGAACCGUGCGAGUUUUCAUCGCUCCCAAGUACGAUGAGACUGGUCGCAACCUGAGCUUCGACGAUCAGAGGAUGCUCAUGAUUGAGAUGGAUAAGUUCACCACCAGACUGAGGAGAGGCCAGAACACGAUCAACAGAAACUCGAACGAGUCGGCCAUUACCAUUCCCUUCGAGGCAACAUUCCGCAACGUGGACCAAAACCGACCAUCUGAGACAGACCUCUCCAGCUUUGACCAGUUCAACUUCUGCGGCUGCGGAUGGCCACAGCACAUGCUUGUACCCAAGGGCACCAGACAGGGUUACCCCAUGGACCUGUUCGUCAUGGUCUCCAACUACCAGGAUGACAGGGUGAACCAGCCCGAGCCAACUGGCUGCCGUGACGGAGUCAGCUUCUGCGGAUUGAGGGACCUGAAGUACCCAGAUGCUCGUGCUAUGGGCUAUCCAUUCGACCGCAUUGCACGACAGGGCGUCACGUCGCUGGCUAACUUCAUCACUCCGAACAUGAGAGUUCAGCAAAUCACGGUCAGGUUCAGUGAUACCGUCAAGCCGCGAGCAAACAGCAACGCCCAGUCGGUCGUCAGGUUUUAAACUAUCAACGCUGUUCAUUGUCUAGAAACUAUGAAUGUAAAACAAAUUUCGUUUUUCUGAUUGCAUUUGAAACUGUAAAAUUGUGAACUCGUCGAGUCACUAAAAAAAAAAAAAUAACCCAAUAAAUGUGUAUUAUCAUAACCUAA